GUCGGAGAAACACAGACACGGCAGACGAUUCGGCGACGUUGACGACUACGGCGGCGACGACGACGACGACGACAACGACGUCGUCGAGAAAGUUUAAACAAUCGUUAGUUGGUCGGUUGCACGGAUAGCAACCUGUCCGUAGGAGAAAAUUUUGCUUUGAAACUUUGAUAAUAGAAGCUUUGCCCAACUUUGUUUUCCAGUGACAGUUUGGUUCGGUUCGGUUUUGCCUUCGAAUUCAAGUUCCAAUCGGAACCCAAAUGUGACAAUGCGAAUUUCCAGUUGAAAGUGAAACCGUUUGUCAGUGAAGAAAUUGAAUUCGUGCUACAUAAUUCAUUGAUUGUGGGUUUUUCAGAUCCGAAAACAUUUUGCAGUGCAUCCGACGUUUCACAUUCCACAGGACGCAGCUUUUGUGAAGUGAAAAUAUUUUUCUACAUUUGGUUUACACCUCAAAAAAUAUCAAAAUACAUGUGUAUGGUGACGCCCUUCUCAUACAUGCAAGUGCCUAGACUACGGAGAACCUUUCGGCCUGCUGGGAUUGCCGUUUGCUUGUAAACGAUUUAACUGCCAUUCAUCCACAAAGGAAAAAAAAAACAUCCAAGCAACCAUAGUAGACAGUAUCCCGUUCACAGAAAACACAGUUGCCAUUCGACAAAACCAAAAAGUCAAACAAGAAAAAAUAGUUGUGUUGCCGCUCGUUUCCUACCUCGACCACGAAUCCUUCCAACGAAAUGAACGAAAGUGAUUCGCCAGCAGUGAACAUGCCCAAGAAUCGUGGAAGAUGCAACGGACCAGCAUGGGAACGACCAGCAGCAGAAACCCGUUGCCGUCUGCGGCUGCUGCCGCUGUUGCUGCAGUAGACACAGCGCCUCUACCGGCCGGUAGCUCUUGACAGCGGAUCCAACGUGCGAAAUUAGCGCAACCGAUUCUUUCCUCUUUCAAGUUGAACGGUUUGCCCGUUGUUAGCGGCUACUGUCAUUGGUCAACUGGCCACAGCUAGAACUUUUAGCAGGACGGUUUUGAAAUCGGAAAAGUUUGUAAAGUGAGAAGCCAAAGAACAAAGAAAAUAGGGGAAAAUUCCAACCCAAAACAAGCGAAUCUCAAAGUGUGUCAGUCAGUCUGCAAGUGCCAAAAGAAUCAACACGAGAAAGUGUUUUGAUUUGCUGUUUUUUUGUCUAGCCAAACUAGUAAGCGAAAUAGAAAAGGGAGAAAGCUCGCGGUCAAUCGGUCGGAAUAGUGAAAACAUUGUAGCAAAGUAGGCGUGUUUGAAAUGACGUACAGUCGAAAACAAAUAUUACAGGAGUAACAGUGCUAAUCGAUGUUGUGGGAGAAGGUAAAUAAUAGUUAACCAAAAACGAAUCGAUACGUGAAAAUAGUUAAAAAAAAAAUUCAAGUAAACUAAAAAUUAGUUUAGUGAUUGUUGGCGAAGUAGAUCGCGCUUUUGUAAUCCGGGAGAUUGGUAAGGAGAAGCGUCGAGUGGGCUUAAGGCUGAACCGUAGCGAAAAGAGUCGAACCUGUCAUUUAUAACGAUAGCCAGCAACUGGUAGCAUGGGAAAUCAUCCGUUCCCGAUAUGUUUGGGGUUUUCCGAUGUGAAUAUUUUCUAGGCGCUGUUGUGUCAAAGACUUGAAACCAGACGAUAUGGGCACAGCAUGGCCUCAGAAGUAUCAUUCAUCGAAAGGACAUGCCAGCGUCAAACUAGUAUCGAACAAGACCUUUUCACCAGUGUCAAGGGAAACGACGGCGGCAGCAGCAGCAGUUCUACCUUCCGGCCAACCACCGACGAUAGCACAGAAUACAACGAACACCACAAACCCAUCGUCAGCAGUAAUAGUUCUCGCCGUUACUGUCAAUGGGUUUCUGCACGUUACGCUCGGACAAUCCGCCGUUGCAUACCCGAAACCCAACGGAUCCGUCGUCGGUACCAGCGGCGAUGGUGGCUCGGUAGCGGUUCGAUUCGACCAGCAGCAACAGCUGCGGUGGUGGUCGUGGUGGUUCAUUUUAGGCCGGGCAAUCUUUUCUACUCCCAAUGGCGGCGGACGCCUUCCGGUCGACUGUUGGUGGCUAUCCUUGGACGCCGGGCGAAACGAAGCGCUAUCCAGAUCACACGCCCAAGGCCUGGCAAACAUAAACGUAUGUCGUCAUCCGCCGCAGCUGCCGCCACCGACGACGACGAUGACAGUGGCCACAAUAAUAACAACAACAACAACAACCAUGAAUGCUUCCAAACAAGUAACACUAAACAGAUUCGUACGUUUAACGAUAACACUUUUGAUAACACGAACCCUAAUGUUAAGAAUAGUGCAACAACUGCUCGCCAUUGUAGUGCUGCUCUUGGUGGAACACGUAGCAAGGGAUCCCGUCGUCGACGGUUACCACCGCGUCCCACACCGACGGAUUCCACCACAACCGAAUGCUGCCCUAGCCUUCAGAAAAGUAACCGGAAAUCUUCCCGAAAUCUCUGUACCGGCGGUGGAAAUGAAAGCCACAGGUUCACAGUGGCCGCCAUUGGGUCGGUGCUGCAGUUUCUCCGACUACUGCUGGUCACCCUGGUAUCGCCAACUGCUGCUGCUACAACUACAACUGGCCUACGCAACCGGAGCCAUUGCCCAUUCGCCGCUAAUGCCACUGCCGCUACCGUUAGCUCAGCAACGAUGCUUCGGAUUCCUAGCUUUCUGCGGAGAACGCAACCACCACCGGCGACUAGUGGUCACUGUAGUAGUGGUCUUAAUCGUAGUAAUAGUACUAGUAGUAGUAGAAGAAGAAGAAGACGUAGUAGUAGUCGUGAUAGCGAUAACAGCAGCCAUCUCAACGCCAACGCUAAUGCAAACAACAAAAACAACUACAACAUCAACAUUAACAGCAACAACAAAAACAGCGACAACGGAAACAACAUCUGUUGGAAGCGGAAAGUCGUCGUCGACUGCGAUGGAGGUGGAACAAUCGAUGGCAACACUAGACAACAGAAUCGACUACAACCGUCAUCGCCGCACAGCUCAAUCACAGCAGGCGGUGGCCGGGUCGGUGCCGGAGUGCAGAAAAUGGUGCGACUGUUUCUGCCAGCACUGCUUAUUGUUAACAUGUUCACGUUUCUCCAUGGAGCCACCGGUGAGCUUGUAGACAUCUCGGUCGGAGUCGUCCCAAGUGGCUACACCGAUUCGCGCUCCCGUAUCUCGAUGGUGCAGUAUUUGGAGCCUCUGUCCAGACCUACCAAGGCGCCAAAGUGUGACCAAACUUUCGUAUCCCGGGCUGGCGGACCAGCGAACGGAACAUUCAACGCACCACUGCUCACCAAUCCGGCGAAUCACUCGCGUCAGUGCCUGUACAUCUUCCUAGCAGGUCCCGGCCAGCGGGUCGACGUCACUUUUACGUCGUUCAACCUAAGAGGAUCACCACCGGACGGAGCGGCAGUUGGUGAACUUCCAGCCUGCGUCCACGAGUACAUGGACGUGUACGCCGAAGUCCAGUCGUCCGAUCCGGCCGAGCUGAUCAACUCCCCGUUCGGCGGACGCUACUGUGGUCCUAUACCGCCACGACGCCGCAUUUCGUUGUACCGUGCUAUUGCAUUGUCAUUUUAUACGGAUAAAAACUCGACAACGCCGGAUAUAUUCGAGGGUCGAUAUGCCUUUAUUAAUGAAUCUGAAUAUGAGAUUGGUCAGCCAGUGAUUGGGUCGCCAUGUUCCUAUGUAAUUAAUUUUGCUCAGAAACGUACGGGUGCUAUUAUAUCACCAACUUAUCCAGGUGCCUAUCCAAAAGAUAUGUCGUGCACAUAUCAGUUCAUUGGAAAACCGAACCAGCGGGUACGGAUCGAGUUCCGCGACUUUGACCUGUUCUUCGGGGGACCUCACUGUCCAUUCGACUACGUCCGCGUGUUCGACGGGCCGGACAACACAUCGGCCAUCGUCGGAACGUACUGCGGCCAGCAGCGGAACCUGGUGCUGUACUCCAGCGAGCAGUAUUUGUUUGUGCACUUCUCGACGCUGCAACGAACCGCCAACACGCAGAAUCGAGGUUUUAAGGGAAUUUUUGAAUUUAGUGAAAGCUUUGUUAAAUUAGAUUUUAUUCGAGAAAACGACGGAAUGCAUAUACGAGGCUCCGAAUGUGAUCAGAAAAUCUUGUCGAAGAAAGAAUCAACCGGAUUUGUAUACUCGCCUAACUAUCCUUUCCCGUAUAUACCGAAAGUAGUUUGUAGAUAUUUCGUUUACGGCAUGCAAGACGCCCAGAAUCUCGAACGAGUGAAGCUGGAGUUUUCAAUUUUCGAGAUUCCGAAAGGAGAACACAAGGGCGACUCGAACUGCACCGACGGAUACCUCAAAGUCUACCUGAAGGGUCAGGAGGUGGCAGAUGCGUACGAUAAGUUCGAUCAUGAACUGUGCGGUGGCGAUCUGCCGCAUGCCGUUAUCAGUGACGGACCUCGGUUGGUGAUGGUGUUCAGUUCCGGUGAGCUGCAAGGUCGUGGCUUCAAGGCGAAGUAUACCUUCGAGACGGAGUACAAGAUUCCCGGAACGGCCGCACCGGAUGGAACCUGUAGUUUCACCUACCGGAGCACCUCACGCAAAAAGGGCGAAUUCAACAGUCCACGAUAUCCGUCGAACUACCCGUCGGAAACGAACUGUUCGUUUGUGUUUCUGGCGACUCCGAACGAACAGGUGACCAUCGUUUUCGAUCACUUCAAGGUGAAAGCGGACGGUGCGAACACGACGUACGGCGCCUAUGGAGCAUCGGUUUGUUUUGAAGACUGGCUGGAAAUGUAUGUCCUGUACCGGGACGGAACGGAACGGUUCCUGGGUCGAUACUGUAGCCUCACAGCACCGGGACCCGUCGAAAGUCCCCGCGGUGCCGUCGGCAUACGAGUGGUACUCCACACGGACCAGGAGAAUGUGGCCAGUGGAUUCAAGGCUCGGUAUAUCUUCGAAACGGCCAAAUCGGUUUUCGGCGAUUGCGGAGGCAAUUAUUCCGGCGAAGAUUCCGGUAUCGUUACUUCACCGAACUUCCCGGCCAACUAUGACGGUCCCGGCAAGGGGCUAGCUUCCCGAGCCUGCAAUUGGUACAUCACGGCACGGAUCGGCUACAAGAUACUGCUCAAUUUUGACUUCUUCGGUGUUGAAGGGGAGCCAGCAACUCGAGGCUGUGCGGCAGCCGUCAUGCGAUUGUGGCUUUCGCCGGAAUCCGACAUGCCGCCGAUCGAGAUGUGCGGUGAAAAACCAGCCAUGGAACAUUGGCAGUACGUAACCCAGGGUCAAACUGCCCGGAUCAGUUUCACCAAUGCGGACAAGGCCAUUGGGGCACAGGGUUUCCGCAUCAUCUGGACCGAGGUGCAGGACUCUCCGGUUGGGCCGAGUUCCACGAUUUCGCUACUGUGCGAGUCCACCUACCACUUCCAGUGUCUGGGGUCCGGGUACUGCAUCUCCGAAAGGCUGCGCUGCAACGGCGUCAAAAACUGCGGCGCCCAGGAUAAUAGCGAUGAAAUGCACUGCAUCACCACGGUUCCCGAGGAGGAUCACGGCGCGCUCAUAAUAUCCUGCAUAGCCGCCGCCUCGUUCCUAAUCUGUCUCCUCUGCACUCUCUGUCAUCGAAAAAGAAAACGCAGACAUCACAGACAGCUGGGUCUGCAUAGGAACGCCGCCCACUACGACUCGACGACCAGCGCAACCGGUAUAAGCUUGGGUUCCAGCAGGCGACAUCUCCAGGGAGGUGGUAGCCUGUCCGGUAGCCUGCACGGUAUCAACAACAGCGAACCGAUGGUAAUCCCACCGGCACCGUUGCCUCCACUCGGUAUACCGCCGCACGUCUGCAUCAACGACACCCUGCUGGAUCCGGACGACCUGAACGACGAUCUGUUUGUCAAUGGCUGCGAUCGAUUCGACGACAACGGCGAGUGUGUAUAGCGAUCGGCAAGACCGACAGCGGCGCUGCUCCACCAACACUGCAGCCUCUGCCAUUUCUGUCAGCAUCUGUUUUACCGUGGACAACGACAACCCUGUUGCUGCUUACUCCAGUACUACUAUCCGUACGAUUACUGUUCCGUUCUGCUGGCGCUGCUCUGUCUCGGUAACGAUUGUCAUCACACUAACAACAACAACAACAACAACAACCCGGACGCCGUCGACGGUGAUGGCGAUGAUGAUGACGGUGGCGGUGGUGAUGUCGACGGUACAGAACCGAACCUGCACCAAUACAACUUCUUUCAUUAUCCUCUCAACUAUCAGUAUCCCAGUACGGCGGCAGCGGCAGUCGUCUUAUCAACCGACGACGAUUCGAAAGUUAUCUACUACUAGAACAAUUGCGGAAAGUGACAAGGAAUUUGAGUGACGACCCGACUAGUAAAAUUAAAAAAAAAACACACACACACACAAAUCAGACUAUAAUCGGGAACGCGGUGCGUCAUUACUAUCUCUAUUUGUAAACGACUUCUAGUGCAGUUUUUUGUUUUGUUCGAAUCAAGCAGAAGGCAUUAACAAUAAUUAAACAAGAAUAACACUAACAUUAGAUAAAUUAAAUAUUUUAAAUUAAACAAGGUAAAAAGUAAUGAAUUUUUUAUCCAACUAUGAAUCAACACUGUCAAGCAAGUUAUUCAUAAACAAGUCGAGGGCGGCGAGUAAACAAACGAUAAACAGAUAUUACAAGUAUAGGUAAAAAAAGAGGAAAAAAACAACACAAAGAAAGAUUUCAUAACCAAUCGCAAUACAUUAUAUUUUAGUUUAGGUUUUCCAAGAUGCAGUAAUGGAAACAAAAAAACUGUAUGUGUAACAUAGUUAUUACGGCAAUUGAAAACAAAAAAAAAAUAGAGAAGAAGAAACACGAGACGGUGGUGGUGAAGUUGUUUUAUUUGUAAAGUUCAUUUUAUAUUGAACCCAUUUUUAAUAAAAGAAAAAAGAAACAAAUAUUUGAAAAAAACGUAGAAAUUGCUAACUGAAACGAUACAACCAAAAACAAAAAAAAAAGAAGCAAAUCGUAAACGAAUGAACAAUCUAAACAUACACAGAAAAAAACACAUAACAAAAACUAGGAAAUAUUCAAAAUUAUCUACACGCUCACAAAUCCAUUCGAAACCAGUAACAACAUGGCGCAACACAAACUCACACACACAGAAAUACUCUCACACGUCUCAUACAAAUUGACAGUAGUGUGCAGAAUACACGCAAAUACGAGAGGAAAAUCGUUGUAAUCGCUCAACCAAACGAGGUAAUUUGUAACAUAAUUAACGAAGGGAAAGAAGCAGAAGAAGAAGAAGAAGAAUAAACAGUUGUUUUUUAUAUAUUUGUACGGAAUAGUUAUUAGACAUUGAUACAAAAAGUAACCUAAAACAAAAGAAACGGUGUGUAGAAUAAAAAACAAUCGACUAAACAGAACAAAACAAAAAAAAAAUGAUAGCUCAAAUUUUUCCACAAAAUCCAACCAACCAAAUUGGAUCAUCGAUUUUGUUGAUGAAACUAUUUCCCAAACAGUUCAGUUUUCUAUUCCGCACCGAGCGCUCUCAAAUUUAUACGCUUACAGGUAAUCAUGAACCCUGUUUUGAGGUUAGACAGAAAACUAGCAAAAGAACUGCUAGUAGUAGUAGGCCAUGGUCAUGGUUGUCGAAAGGCAAGUUUUGUACAGGCGAAGAAACAGCCAAUCAAUAAAAAAAACAGCGGGAAAGCAAAUGUGAGCUGCUGCAAAAUAGGGAAACUAAAAACACACACGUACACACUAAAAAAAAAGGCAACUAAAAGGUAAACACUAACCGAAUAAGUAAACAUAACAAUUAAUCAUGUAUUAAAUGUGUAAAGAACCUAAACAGUUAUAACUUAACAGAAGCAGGAACGUGAGGUUAACCAAGAGAUAUUGCAAAAAGGUGAGCGUGUCCAGGAAUAAGUAACAGACACACAUUCAAAAACACACACACAAAAAUAUAGCAGCAAAUUAAAGCAAAUACACACACGCAGUACGAAAGCGACGGACGAAGUAUGCAAGCGAAAAACGAGAGAAAAACGUCUUUUUAGUGUGUAAGCACACAAAAAUAGAAAACCAAAUAUCAAUUCAUGAAGUAGGCUAAGAAGCCUGAUUGAUUUGACACGUACACGAACAAACUCACACACACACACACUUGAGCGCGCGCAUAUACGCAUAUGGAACGAACAAAGGUCAAAUGGUCAAAUUCAGUAAACACGAACGGGAAUGGCGUCAAAGGGAAUCACGACUCCCCUCGAAUCUUCCAGUAGUAGAUCACACCACAUAAUUUUUCGCCCGGAGUAAACACAAAGGCGAGAAACCCCCCACCCCCCCAAAUUGAUAAAACUGCACUUCCGAUACAAGAGAAACAAGCAACAGCAACCAAAAAAAAUACUCGUCCCUUGCUUCCAGCGCCUAGCUAACCAAAUAUCGGGAAAAAAAAAUAAAAUGGAGAGAAGACCGUGCGCUAGAGUAACUAGGAAAAAUCUAACCACAACAAAAAAAAAUCAAUGUGAAUUGCAAUACGAAAACUUACGAAAUGUUUGGGCUUAGUUUUUAAAAAUUUUCAAAGAUCACCAAAAAAAAAAACAAAGAAAACCCCGAGGGCUGCGAAAGAUCUGAAAUGCGAAGGAAGGCACUUGGUCAUUGGUUUCAUAGGGUAUUAUCGUAAACAAAAACAUUGAACAAAUAACACACAACAAAAAGAUGAGCGCGAUAAGUCUCGGUGUUUUGUCGCACGGCGGAACGCGAAGUGUCUGGUCGAUCCGGUUUGAUGACGGGCUAUGAUUGAAUCGAUUUUUUUUCCAAUGUUUUUUUUUAACAAACGCGAUGUUUUUUUUUCAUUUAAUCUCACCACUUCAGUAUCAGUGAAAAUUUUGCACGUUUUUUCUUCUCAGAAGUUGAUGGUGAAUUUUAUUUCUGCUUUCUGGUGCUUUCUGAAUUUGACGUGAAGAUCCCAUUCUAAAAUUCGUGUCAAAAAAUGGAUAAACUUGAAGCAUGUAUUCUGAGAUAUGUUCAGCAAUUUUUGAUCUAACCUUUAGUAAUAUUAAACAAAAGAGACUAAAAUUCAGUUACUAAUGAUGUCUAAGCGGAAAAAAGACAUAUGAGCUACGGGAAAGAUGUUCUAUGGAGGAAAAAAAAAUGUCCAGAGGCAGGAAUCGAACCUUCAUUCUUCUGCAGUUCGUUCAUACUCGCUUUCAUUUUCGACAUCAUUGGCUGUGAAGAACACAGAUUCAUGGUUUUCUUCUGGAACUUCAAGGAGAAAAACUCAUGUGCGUGUUUGUGUUUCUCAAGCACACACGACAGUAUGGAGCUAGUGGCCCUUAUUACCGGUAUCACAGCACGGUGAAAAUCGAGUGAAGUGAAUUUAGGUCCUUAGUACGGAAGUCGCUUCAAAGACACAAGUAAAUAUUUGGAUGAUCUUGAUGUCAUUAUGAACAUCACAUUUCGUUGAAAAAAUGAGUUUUUUCCACUACAGUGAUCACUUCACUAUGCGUAAUACUGGUAAUAGGGAAAAUCAAGUGCAGUGACAUGUAAGUGAAGUGAAUGUGAAGGUGGAAGUGAGAACGGUAAUAAGGGCCAGUAACUGUGGCCUAUUAGUACAGCCGUAAACGAUCAAAUUUUGUAAUGUAUCCAGUGUUGGUGAUUGCCGAAAAUUUGACAGAAGCUGCUCGAUAUUUAUCAAUAUUGUGUACAACAUUUUCCGGUAGAAGAUGCUACAAGAACUCGAGUCUCUCAAUGCAUGAACCGCGAGAGAAUUUUUCUACAUUUCUUCGCUACACUUCAUACUCUGAGUAUUUCACGGCCCUAAAAUAAAAUAACAGUCUGAUAAUGAUUGCGGCUGUGUGGAAUUUACCAAGAGAGAAUCGCAAAUUGACAAUUAUCGCAGAAAAUCGAAUCGAUGAUUCGACUUGAUGAUUCCCAUGCUAGGUUGCAAUAUUUCAAAACCCUUGUGUGAAGCAUCCACAUACAUUUUCAUAGACACAACUUAUACAAAGGUUAUAUGCACAUAGAAUAAGCGGCAAUAGUUAAAUUAUUCAUUCGCAAUUAUCCACUGCCCAUGCAGAAUCGGAUCGCGACACGAGAAUAAGCGACCGUUUGUUGAUUCAGAGAGAAUCCCCACAGCAGCGAGCUAACCUUCGAUUCUCAGACAGGUCAUCGAGAGAAAUUCGCUCUCGCUCUGGUGUCUACUGUAUGUGAAAUGAACCAUGCCGGUUUUUUGUCGCUGCGAUGAUAUCCGUCUCUCUUUGAUGGCACUGAUUGAAUCGUGUGAAGAGUUGCUAGUGAGCGUUCUUUGAUACAAUAAAAGCCAUCCUUGAAUGUAUCUACAUGAAUUCAUUAUAACUUGAGCAGUUUAUAGUAGCAGGACGGUACCAGGAGAGGAUCAAUGUUCUUAAAGAGUGUGUUUUCGUGUGUGUCACAUUUGCCAAAUUGUGAAAAUUAAUUUAAAGAACAAUAGCUCAAUUCGUGAAUCACACGGAGAAUUUCGGGAUGUUUUUUGGCGUUCUUGAACGACCCACUGAAAAAGAAACGAGAAAUUAGCAAGACAAAAAAUUUCCGAUAAUCAAAUAAAUCUUUUGAUGUAAAAAGUCAUUAGGGUAGUCCAUGUUUGGAUCGAAAUCUGGAAUCUAACAUUCUUAAUUAAAUUUAAAAUAGAUUGAAAUUCACUGCCACGUUGAAGGAAGUUUGAUUCUGAGCAACUUUGCUGAAGAAACCACUUUCCCUGCUUUUUAUUUGAUCGAAUGCAAAGUAAAGUCUUGGCAUUACAUUCCUUUCGUGGAAUUUGGCCUUUCUGUUUCAACAGACUUCGCAGCCGAUUCUUAGUGUACAGAAUCAUUGCAUGGCUAGUACUAUGGAUCCUACUGACACUAAGAAUCCUUCCAGGUCGGGGCUCGAACAUACGACAACUGGCUUGUAAGACCAGCGUCCUAUGCGUUGAACCGCCAACCCGGGACAAUUUGAUUUAUUUGAUUGAGUUACAUCAAUUUUUCGAAGUAAAAGUAGGGUUGCCCUGAAAAAAAAAACGUUUUUUUGUGAGCAGUUUUACGAGAAAAUCGUCUUCCAAAUAGUUAUCCAGCUAAUUAUUGCGCACAAUUCUGCUCAACUAAGUGUUUUAUUAUAGGUUACCAUUACAACCGUUGGUUUUUCAUCAAAAACUAGUAAGCCUAAUAUCAAUAUUCAACCGAUGACAGAUCGGUAAAAAUGAACCUUAAGGUCUGAGUACAGAGGGUCGCGUGUUGAGUUAAAUCGACCACGUGACUCGCUCAAUUCCCUUUGCGCAUCGUAUUUCUCUUGUACUCUCUCGUAUAUGAGCAAACUGUACCGGGUUGCCAGCAUACAUUUUAUUAUUUUGGUGAGAAGUUUUAUCACAUUAAUCUAUCGUAUAGGUUGAACAUUACAUGAUUCCAACGAACAAUGAAAAAAUAUUCAACUUUCACAAAGAUUGAAUGUCGGUGUGCUUGGCAGCCUUGUCGAGCCAAUUUUAUUUCUCUCUCCUUUUUCAGAAUGCUAUCAGGAAACCAAAGCGAAAAAAAAAUGGCGGAUGCAUUGAAACUGACUUUGUUUCACAGAAAAAUACAGGACUGUAUUUUUAUCGUGAUAACAUAUAUGUUUUUAUGUACUAAUCGCAUCUAAACUAAAUUAUCCAGACUUUGUCACGGUAGAUUUAUGAUACAAGCCUUCAAAGCCGAGAUAUUCGAUGAACAACUAGAGGUAUGCAUUUCCGAGCGUUCCAAUUUUCAGCAGUUCAUCAGUCAGAAGAAAAUACAACACGACCGCUAAACUCAAUGGAUCAGUCUAAAAAUUUCACAGAAUAUUCUGAACUAAAUUUCGAAGACAUUGUCAGGUGGGUUUUUCUAUAUUCUGCACCGUUUCCAAGAAAAUUUAAAUUGAAACGGGAAAAUAGCAAAAAAAAACCUACACGGUACUGUCCUCAGCCCUUAAACGGUUUCGGAAAGGUCAUAAAAUAAGAAAAGUUUGAAGAGAAAUUUGAAAGGGUGUAAUUUUUUAAUUACUUUUUUAUGACCUUUCAAAAUCCGUACUAGAUUCUUUUUUAUUGAUCUGGCAUCUGUUGAAUAUUGAUAUUAGAAGAUUGACUAGUUUUUGAUGAAAAAACAAUAAUAAAUUUUUAAUGGUAGCCUACAUUAAAACGCAAUAAUUAGCUUGACAACUCUUCGGAAGAUGAUAUUCUCGUAAAACUGUUCACAAAAAAAAAAUAGAGCAGAAAAAGUGAACUGCUUUGCUAGAUUUUUAGUUUGAAGCAUGAUUGUAGACGACAUUGCUUUGAUGGAGAAGUUGGGGUUCCGCUUGUGAAAGUGGCCUUUUAAGCUUUCAAUUACCUCCACAUCUGGACUUACUGGCUGUCGACACGAACGAUCUCCGAACACUUUUAUUACAUUAUUCGCCCUUAUUCUGAAUAACGUCGUAUCUAUUUUAUGAUCGUAUUUAAUUGUACUCCUGAUAACGCUAGCAAAAUCAAAGGUAGCUAGGAUUCGAUCGAAAAAUCAAUACGUCGUUAUUCAGAAUAAGGGUGAUUAACAGUGGAUCAGGGUCAUUUCACCGAAAGCCAUUUCGCCGAAAGCCGUUUCGCCGAAAGCCGUUUCGCCGAAAGUUAUUUCGCCGAAAGAGUGAUUUCGCCGAUUCCUGCAAUUGUCUGGAUAUUUUAAUUGGAAUUCA